UUCAAAAGUGUUUUUUCAAACGCAUUUGCUAAAGCAUUUGCAAACGGCAGGGAUUAUUUUUAUUACAAUUGCAAAAACCAACUGCACCUACGUUUUCCCGGCAAAGCACGGACCAUCGACCUUUUGGAGUCGCCUUCACCAGCUCUUGACAAUUCACUGAAAGCUUCGAAAAAAAUGAAAAAGUCUCAAUUGCCGCUGCUAAACAUAUGUGGACCUGAGAAGGCAGUUAAGAAGGAAGCUUUAAUGAAGCUUUUGAGAUGGCAUUUCGGGCACCCCAACUUCCAGGGAAAACAAUUAGAAGCUAUUGAGGCUGUUUUGUCAGGAAGGGAUUGUUUUUGCUUGAUGCCAACUGGUGGGGGGAAAUCAAUGUGCUACCAGAUUCCUGCUCUUGCUAAACCUGGGAUUGUACUUGUAGUUAGCCCUCUAAUAGGUCACUUCCAUGAUACUUCUUUUCAUUUCAUCUCAUGAAGGAAUCACAAGCUACAUGUUUUUUGUGUUCUAUUGCAAAUGAUAGGGUCAUGCCUGCCUUUAUUGGUCUUUCAUUUGUUUCAGCUCUCAUGGAGAAUCAAGUUUCUGCAUUGAAAGACAAAGGAAUUCCAGCUGAGUUCCUCUCGUCAAGCCAGACCUCGCAAGUAAGAAAAAAGAUAUACGAGGACCUGGAAUCUGUGAAGCCAUCUCUGAGGUUAUUGUAUGUUACACCAGAAUUAAUUGAUACAGUUGGGUUCAAGUCGAGACUGGUGAAGAUUCACUCAAGAGGAUUGCUAAACCUUAUUGCUAUUGAUGAGGCCCAUUGCAUCUCUUCAUGGGGCCAUGACUUCAGGCCUAGUUACAGGAAGCUUUCUACCUUGAGGAGCUACCUGCCAAAUAUCCCAGUACUGGCUUUGACAGCAACGGCUGCUCCAAAAGUUCAGAAUGAUAUCAUUGGAUCAUUGUCUUUGCAGAGUCCUCUAGUCCUCAAAUCAUCUUUCAACCGUCCAAAUAUCUAUUAUGAAGUUCGAUAUAAAGAUCUCUUGGAUGAUCCAUAUGCUGAUGUAUGUAAUCUCCUGAAAUCUUUGGGAAAUGUUUGUGCAAUUAUUUACUGCCUCGAACGUACAGCAUGUGAUGACCUUGCCUCCCAGCUGACGACUUAUGGAAUUUCAUGUGCUGCAUAUCAUGCUGGACUAAAUAAGACAUUGCGAAGCUCUGUCUUGGAUGAUUGGAUUUCCUCCAAAACACAAGUAGUCGUCGCAACAGUGGCUUUUGGGAUGGUAUGCACCCAGCACUUCACAAUAUUCAGUUUCAUUUCGUCAAGCUCCAACAGGAUUUAACUACACAUGAAAACUCUUUUUUUUUACAAUUCCUUAAAGGGCAUAGAUCGAAAAGAUGUCAGAGUUGUCUUCCACUUCAAUGUUCCUAAGUCAAUGGAAGCUUUCUAUCAGGAGUCAGGUAGAGCGGGCCGUGAUCAAUUGCCCUCCAGAAGUGUUGUUUAUUACGGAAUGGACGAUCGUCGGAAAAUGGAAUUCAUUUUAAGCAAUUCAGAAAGGAAGAAAGAGUCUUCAAGUUUACAAGAUGGGUCCUCAAAGAAGGCCCUUGAUAGCUUCAGCCAGAUCGUCAAGUACUGUGAAGUAGUUGGUUGUCGCCGUAAAAAGAUCCUUGAGAGCUUCGGGGAGACGGUAUCUGCAUCUUUAUGUGGAAAAUCUUGUGAUGCUUGCAAGCAUCCCAAUCUAGUUGCGAAAAACUUGGAGGAGCUCAAAGCUGCUGCCACCUUUCGUCAACGAAAUGGAUCUUCAAGGAUUUUUAUUAGCAGCUCACCGAACCUCAAUGGAGGAGACUACUCUGAAUUCUGGAACCGUGAGGAUGAUGCAAGUGGGUCAGAAGAAGACAUUUCUGAUUCAGACGAAGUUCUUGAUGCUGCAAAGAAUGUAGCUUCCUCAAGGACAUCAACAAAGUUAAGAAUCCAAGACAAAAUUGAAUUGCUGCAACGAGCAGAAGAGAAUUAUUACAAGAACAACAAUACUGAGAAGCAGGCAAAUAAAAUAGACAAAAAUGCAGUAUCUGAAACGUUAAGAGAGACGGGCAAACAACGAUUGCUAAACGCAUUAAAACAAAAUGAAGAGAGGUUCUCUGAUACAAGAUUGAGCUUAGAAGAUUCUGCCUCGACUCUUGAAAAGGAAUGUUACCAAAAGUAUGGUAAAAGUGGGAAGUCGUUUUACUUAUCACAAAUGGCAAGCACAGUGAGGUGGCUUUCAAAAGCAGACCCCACAGAACUUAGAAAUAAGCUCAGGUGUAAUAUAUCUUCUUCUUCGGAAGCCGGCCCACCACCAACAAAUCUCCCUGUUGUUUCAUCAGUAUUAUCGGGUAGUGAGAAGACCAAGCACAUUCUUGUUUCAGAAACAGAAAAAGAAAUGGAUGAAAAAAAGGAAGAUGUCUGUGUUGCUGUUGCCACUACAUUGCCACCUAUUCCAUCUUUCUCAGAGUAUAUAAACAGCAGAAAUGUGAAGGGUCAAUGGGAAUCCACCUCGAAUAAGCGUUCACCGCCUGAGAUGUCCGGAGAGGAUAUACUGAAGAAAAUGCGAUCUUGAAUCAAACUGGUCUAUAUCUUACGUAUUUUAACUGCACAUGGCCAUACGUUUUAUAUGUCAAUACUUUCAAUAGAAUAUGUAAACCACCUUUAUCAUAUACGUAGUGAUAACUUGAAAGUGAUCUUUCUUGGCAUUUCUGAUGAAUUACAUUAAAAUGUUUUUUUAUACACAACAACAUUAACCUAGU